GAGAAAUGGCGAAUUCAAAUCUUGUUGUUACUUUCCCUGCACAAAUUCGGCAGUUGCGUCCCUCUAGCGACCCUUCUACUCCUUCAAAACCCCAUCCCAUCUGCUUUUUUCUUAAAGGAAUUCUGCAUUAGUUGAUGGUUGUCGCCUCCAUUUUUUUCCUCUUCUUUGGUGAUGGCAAGUUGAGGAACAAAUUUUAAGGGCUGUUUUUGUCAAGCGGGAGAGGGGCAUGGGUGGAAUAUGCACGUCUGUGUGGUGAGGUGGUGUUGAAUUAGAGCUCUGUGUGUGUUGUCGUCGUCGGAGGUGUUUCCUUGUUUGAAAUGAAGCCAAACAUGAUGGAUUGCUGUUGGUUGAUAUGAUUUAUUGUGGCGAUAAGCAAAGGUAUCCAGUUAACAUUGUCAUAAAAACCUUGUCAAAAACAUCGCUAUGAUGAAGGCCUUAGAGGUCGACGGUGCAUUAGGUCAUGAUCCUUCCCAAAAGGUUACACAAGAGAUGCUUCGGGAAAAGAAGGAUCACAUGGAGGAGGUGGUUCCGCUUCAGGAUCUGAUUGCUCCGCUGGAUUCAAUGCCCCCUGUGGAAUUUGCCUUUGCUUAUGGCUCUGGAGUUUUUGCUCAAUCCCGGCAUGCGCGUGGGAGUUCAACUGAUGCACCAAUGGUUGACUAUAUUUUGGGAGUUUCUUCUCCGGCAGAUUGGCAUUCCAAGAAUUUGGACAAAAAUCCUCAUCAUUACGCUUCAUGGCUGUCUUGGUUUGGUGGCAGAGCGGGUCAUGCGCAGAUGAGCAAUGUUGCUGAGAGUAUGGGAGCGGGUGUCCAUUUUAAUGCAUUUGUGCCGUGGAAAACAAAGAAAAUAAAGUAUGGAGUGAUCAGUGUUGAUAAUCUUGUGAAGGAUGUUUACACAUGGCAAAGACUAUACAUUGGUGGACGAUUGCAGAAACCGGUGCGUUUGUUGGUGGAUCGGAUUCAUGGAGAAGAAAUGAACCGCAAGAAUUUGCAAGCCGCCCUGACAGCUGCUCUGCUUUUACUGCCAACCGAGUUUACUGAGUGGUGUUUGCAGGAGGAUUUGUAUGCCACUAUAUGUGGACUUUCGUACAUGGGUGAUGUGCGCAUGCUUUUUGCUGAAGACAGGCAUAAGGUUCGGAAGAUAGUCCAGGGCAGUUCCACUCGAUUUCACGAACUGUACAGAGAUUCAAUAAAUACUUAUGCGUCCCGGGAAAUACUGCAUUCUCCACCACAAUUUUCACCUGAUCUAAAGGCAAGAUUUAAACAGGCUAAUAGGAUAUCCACAAAGUAUGAGUUGUUGAGUUCACUCCCUGCUUGUGUAAUGCAACGACUAGCUCGGCAAACAGGCACUCAGUAUGAUUCCAGCGUACUUGCAAAUAUGGCUAUUGCCGAGGCAGUCGUAAAUUCCAAGGAGGGCCACACCAAAUUAGUCACUCGGGCAGUGAGCAGCAUCGUGCGGACUUCAAGUUUCAGGCAAGUGCUUUCAGGAGUUUUAGCCGCUGGAGGUGUGAACACAGUUCGAUACGUGGGGAGGAAAAUAGCCAAGGCUUGGCAGUCGCGACAAUAAAGUCAUGGAGGAGUUUAGGCGUGAAUCGAAUUUCUUCUGUGGAUUUAACUCGUCUCAAUGUGCUGGACUCCGUUGGUAUCCAGCACUGACUAUGGUGCCUCGCAAGUAGCCAUGAUGUUCAAGGUUGUUGCACUUAUUGCCGUUUAUGUCCUUACCGACUAAAACUAGUGAGGGAAUUACACCUUCUCUACAGUGCUCUCCACCGCACAUUGGAUUGGA